CCGCCGCGGCUGGUGCUGGCGCUGCUGGCGCGCAACGCGCAGCACUCGCUGCCCCACUGCCUGGGUGCCCUGGAGCGCAUGGACUUCCCCGCCGCCAGCACCGCGCUCUGGUGCGUGACGGACCACAACUCGGACAACACCACGGCGAUGCUGCAGGAGUGGCUGGCGGCCGUGGGGCAGGACUAUCACUCGGUGCAGUGGCGGGCGGAGGAGGAGCCCAGCUCCUACCCCGACGARCUCGGGCCCAAGCACUGGAGCGACCUGCGCUACGAAAACCUCAUGCGGCUCAAGCAGGAGGCUCUGACCUUCGCCCGCGAGCAGCGGGCUGAUUACAUCCUGUUUGUGGACACGGACAGCAUCCUGACCAACAACCAGACACUCAAGUUCCUCAUGGCACAGAACAAGUCGGUGGUUGCCCCCAUGCUGGACUCCCAGACCUACUACUCCAACUUCUGGUGCGGGAUAACACCCCAGGGCUACUACCGCCGCACAGCCGACUACUUCCCCACUAAGAACCGGCAGCGGGUGGGCUGUUUCGCUGUCCCCAUGGUGUACGCCACGUUCCUGAUCGACCUGCGGAAGGAGGAGACGUCCCAGCUGGCCUUCUACCCUCCCCACCCCAACUACACGUGGUCCUUUGACGACAUCAUCGUCUUCGCCUACUCGUGCCAGGCUGCUGGCGUGGAGGUCCACGUGUGCAACCAGCAGCGCUUCGGCUACAUCAACGUCCCCGUGAAGGCCCACCAGACGCUGGAGGACGAGCACAUCAACUUUGUCCAUCUCACGCUGGAAGCCAUGGUGGACGGCCCCCCGAUGCAGCGCUCCAGCCACAUUUCCCUCCUGCCCAAGCCGCUCACCAAGAUGGGCUUCGAUGAGAUCUUCCUCAUCAAUUUGGUGCGGAGGCCGGACCGGCGCCGGCGGAUGCUGGACUCCCUGCGGGAGCUGGAGAUCKCCCCACGGGUUGUGGACGCCGUGGACGGCAGCACCCUCAACAGCAGCACCAUCAAGGUGCUGGGCAUAGACCUCCUGCCGGGCUACUACGACCCCUUCUCCGGGCGCACGCUCACCAAGGGCGAGGUGGGCUGCUUCCUCAGCCAUUACAGCAUCUGGAAGGAGAUCGUGGCGCGGGGUCUGGAGCGCGCCGUGGUCUUCGAGGACGACGUGCGCUUCGAGGUGUCCUUCCCGGCACGGCUGCGGAGGCUCAUGGAGGAGCUGGAGCAGGCGCAGCGGGACUGGGACCUCAUCUACCUGGGCCGCAAGCAGGUGAACGCUGAGGACGAGGUGCCCGUGGAGGGCGUGCGGAACCUGGUGGUGGCCAGUUACUCCUACUGGACUCUGGCCUAUGCCAUCUCCCAGCGAGGCGCCCGCAAGCUCCUGGCUGCCGAGCCCCUCUCCAAAAUGCUGCCGGUGGACGAGUUCCUGCCCAUCAUGUACGACAAGCACCCCAACGAGGACUACAAGCGGCACUUUGCCCCGCGGGACCUGCUGGUGUAUUCGGCUCACCCGCUCCUGGUGUAUCCCACCCACUACGCCGGGGACACCAACUGGCUGAGCGACACGGAGACGUCCACCAUCUGGGACGACGACUCCAAGAAAACAGGCUGGAACGGCUCGCAGAAGACCCUGAAGGACGCGCGGGGCGGCGUGGGCCACUCGCUCCGCUCGGCCGCCCGCGACGAGCUCUGAUGGGACACGGUGCUGUGACCAAGGUGGGAGCGUCGGGGGCCACUGCCCCGUGGCUGGUUCUGCCUGUGUGCGGUUGAGAGACGCAGACGUACUGGCCGGACCUACUAUGGCCCUUCAGACUUGCACGUGGCUGGCCGCAAAACAGGAUUUGUCCCAAGAGCAAGACCCCAAAGCUUUUUCCAUGCUUGACGAAGGGACUUGUGGACCACAAAGCUCCAUCCCUCCCAGGGACAUGUUUUCCUGGGAGGGCAGGACAGUCCAGAGCAACAGGAAACUCCCACCAUCUCCUGCCUGUCUGGACUUUGGGAUUGUUUUCCUGGGGGCUGGCUGCUGGUCAAGCCUGGGUACGGACUCUAUGUUACUCCUUGGACGUUGCAUGUGGAUCUGCAGGUGCUGGAGCAAGGGA